GCCGCCCUCACGGGGGACCGGAAGUGCUGCCGCACACAGGGGGCGGUGGCAACAACGGCCCGGCCCGGCCCGGCCCUUCCCGGUGCCGGUAACGGGGGCACCGGGACCCGACCCCCGACCCCCCCCUCGGGUUGGGACCCCCCCCCUCAGGGCCCCGGGACCCCCUCCCGGCCAUGGCGGAGGCGGCGGAAAGCGGCGGCUGCGGCACCGCCACCGUCACCGAGACCGGCGCCGUUGAACCGGAGAACCGGUCCCUGACGCUGAAGCUGCGCAAGAGGAAACCGGACAAGAAGGUGGAGUGGUCGAGUGACACGGUGGACAACGAGCACCUGGGCAGGAGAUCCUCCAAGUGCUGCUGCAUCUACGAGAAGCCGCGGGCGUUCGGCGAGAGCUCCUCGGAGAGCGAGGACGAGGAGGGAGGGGGGGGAAACACGGCCCAGGACCCCCCCGGGGGGGUCGGGGGGGGGGGGGACGGGGGCUGCGGGCACCUGCACUGCGUCAGGGGGCACAAAAAGGGCCGGGGGCGCCGGGGCCCCCAAGAGCUGCAGUCGGGUCCCCCCCCCACGGCCAUGGAGCACUGAGAGACACCCCCCCCCCCCCCAUCACCACCCCCCCGGGGGGGCUUCAAACCUCAACCCCCCCCCUGGACUGGGGUUGGUUGGGGGUUGGGACCCCCCCCCCAGACCCCAAAAUUGCCCCCCCCAAGGUCGUGGAGCACUGAGAGACCCCCCCCCUCACUUUCCAUUUGGGGGGGGUUAAACCACCCCCCCACACACGGGACACCCCCCCCCGGGGUUGAGGGUGGGUUGGGACCCCCCCCCAACCCCAAAAAUCCCCCUGAACUCUCCAAAAAUCCCCCCCCAAUCCCAAAAAUCUCCCCCAGCCCAAAAAUCCCCCCCAAUCCAAAA